AAUGUUUUGGUAAUUUUGUUCGAGGAUAAAUGAAUAGUUAUUUAACUGGUUAGUCAAUACAGGCAAUUAUAUAUUUUAAUAUGGUCUAUAUAUUAAUAUGCACUUACAAAAGUAGCCUAGAUAUAAUAAUGACAACAAUUAUCAAUAUUAAAUUAAAUUAAAUAAAUGUAUGCAUUUAGCAGACGCUUUUAUCCAAAGCGACUUACAGUGCAUUCAGGCUUUACCUAUAAUAGGCUAUAAAAUAUAAUAUGAAAUGUUUAGGCAAAAUGUAUAAAGUUAGAAUUGAUAAGUAUCUUUAAACUGAAUCGGACAUUCGGAGGCAGAGCCCUUCACUGCAGAACCAAUCAGAUGCUGAGGCUGAGUUUUGGAAGCUGAAUCAUCAGUACAAAGGUUGGCGUGCGCGAGCUUUUGCAAAGAUCAUUCAGCGAGAGCAAGGCGACGCGCGCCCAAUGGAUCACUGGUUUAUGUAGCCUUCAUGAAAGCCAGAGAUAUGAGCAGCGAAACAGAGGGGAAUAAUCCAGAUCAAACUAACUGCAAAUGUAAAUCAAAUACUCUGGGGUCCUCGUACUGCAUCGACAGUAUUCUAGGAAGGAAAAGUCCCUCAAAAGUUAAAGCAACACCAAACAGUUUGUGGCCCCUUCAACCAGACAUGCACCUGCCACCGAAGCUCCGCCGCCCCUUCGCCCCGCUGACAGACUCCUCCAUUCACUCAGAGCAGACUGAAGCAGGGGGUCCAAGACUGCUACACACCGCUUGUGAAAAAUUACAAAUUACAGAGGCCUCGCUCGUAAACACCAGUCGUGCUAUAUUGUAUCAGGAACACGCUUCUUUACAGUCAUGUAGAGACACAUCUCGUCCCACGCCUAGACCAGAGGAGAAAGAAACCGACAAUGAAAGACUCUGUAGAGAGACAACUGUGUCUCCGGGUCUGAAGGAACUGCGAGAACCAGAGGGAUAUUUAAAGAACAGUGAGGAAACUACUUUAUCAGCGGGAAGUGACGCUGAAGAUGGGGUGUUAAAACGAAAACAGAGGAGAUACCGGACCACAUUUACCGGCUAUCAGCUUGAGGAGCUGGAAAGAGCUUUUCAAAAGACUCAUUAUCCAGAUGUUUUCACAAGGGAGGAAUUAGCAAUGAGACUUGAUCUUACAGAAGCACGGGUGCAAGUCUGGUUCCAGAAUCGACGAGCAAAAUGGAGGAAAAGGGAAAAGGCGGGGGCCCAGUCACACACCCUGAGUCUACACUAUCCUGGAACCCCCCCUGCUGCACAGUCCUUGUGUCAUUACCUGAGUGGGAAUCCUUUUGUCCCAAACCCACAUCCAGCUAUUGAUUCAUCUUGGCCUGCUCCACUCCAAAGACUGGCUCAGCCUCCCCCAAACCCUGCCUCCCCUCUUGGCUUCAGUGCUCUGUUAGGGGCGGCCAUGUUUAGACAUCCCGCUUUCAUUAACCCCACUUUUGGAAGACUUUUUACAAGCAUAGGUCCAAUGGCACUGCAAAGGAUACCCCUUCCUGCCAUCGAGGGUCCAGUUCAACGCUCCCACCUCACCAACAACCUUCUCUCCUCUUCAUCACUCUUACCUUCUUCUCCAACGGUGGACCUCCGCACUUCCAGCAUAGCAGCACUGCGUCUCAAAGCAAAGGAGCAUUCUGCACAGCUGACUCACAUCACUGCUGCUGGAAUAACUGGAAAAGAGGAGUGCUAAGACUUACUCUCACUUGAGAGAUGUCAAAAGACCAAAGUCAAGCGGAAGCACUGAUAUCUGGAGAGUUAGGUGAUUAUUAAUAGAUACAUUAAUAGACGCGUGUAGUUUUUAGUCUCUGGAAGUUGAACUGUAGCAUUCUAAAGCUUUUUUUGUUUGUUUAAUGUUGGUUGUUAAUGAGUGCUGAAUGUUUUUUUUUCAUUUGUUGAAUGAUCUUUUUAGAUAAUUUCAUCCUGUUUUCAUUAGGAAAUGAAUAAAACAAUAAUCAAACAGCUAUAUAUAUGAACAAAUUACCAGGACAAGCUGCUUUUAAUCUGUUACACAUCCAACACUUUUUUAAAGGUUUGUUCUGUAACAGUAAAAGUUAUGUUUUACUCGACUUGUAUUUAUUCUGCAUCAUGCAAUAUUAGGAUUUUUUAUAAGGCUGCACUUUCUGUGUUCACAGGAUAGUACUAAAAUAGUUUAGGUUAUGUUGCCAUGCAUUACCAUGAGUUUAUUAUAUUUUAUUAAACCUACGAGACACCAUUCAGGGAAAUAAACAAAAUAUCCAUAUGCUUCUCUUGAUGAAUUAGGCAGGGAAAAUAAGAUAAUGUGAAAGUAAAAAAAAAACAGAAAUGUUUUGUGUUGUCUUAAAAUUCCUUAUGUAUUUAAUGCUUUAAAUAAAUGGACGAUGGACAGGUUACAAAAUUGAUAAUAGCUUAUUGUGUAAUUUCUGACAUUUUAAUAUGGAUUUUUAAAGUGCUUUUUUUAUUUUAUUUGUUAUUUUAUUGCAUCAUCUUAACUACAGCCAAAAGAAAACCAAGGAUUUUGUAUAAAAAAGCAUUUUCUAGCAACCUUUCUUUUACCACAAAAUAUAUAUUUCAACUUGUGCACUAAAUAUGCGUCUUUAGUUGGCAGAUGUAACUAAUCAAUGUUUUGGGAGCGUGACUGAAACAGAUUUUGCUCCAAAAAUUAUUGAC